AUGCCCAAACCUAGCGUCCUGCAAGUCAUCCUGAACAAACCGUCCCGAUCUUACGCCUUCCCUCCAGCGAGGGAGUACUACUCUUCCAAGCCCGAGCUGCUACGCGCUGCGACCAGUACGGAGGAAGACGCGGGAGUCGGAAGGGCGGGUGGAUAUGAGCCCAAAAAUAUCCCCGAUAUAGUUAUCUUCGGUUCAUCUCCUCGACGAGGACCUUUUCGAGAAGACGUCACUUCAACCGAUGCAUCCUCGCGCUCCCGGAUUGCCAGCACAUCCUCCCACCGUCCCGGCACGCCUUCUGAUCCAGCCUUUCUGCAAAUACACCAAUCCCCGUCUCACCGUGUUAUAAAUGACGACGGUACUCCUGAGGGACAUCGAGACUCCGAUUCAGACUCGGAAAACGACGUAUUCUACACUCCUCUAUCUUCCCCUUAUAACUCGCCGCACACCUCGAUGGCGCUCUCCGAUACUGCCUUAGUUAUCCCUCCUGCUCCCAUUUCUGUUCCCCCCAAACCGAAUCCUCCGCAGUCGUCUCUCGCGUCAUUCACCUUCCCCAGACGCGCCCUCCCAUCUACGCCACAGACGCCCUCGCUGUCGAACGGAGAUGCGAGUGGACGCCAUUCGUAUACGUAUUCCUCCAGCAGUUCCUCGGAUACCGAGGACGACGCAUCUAUUUUUUCCUCUUCCACGAACCCAAUGACCGCCUCGACUCAUCUUACCAGCCCCACCCAGUCUGUCAACGACCAUCGUACACACUCCCUACAACGGAAGGGCACUAUAUCCACCACCGCUGGACAAUCUAGCGCUACGACCCUCACAGUCACGAACGAGAGAACGAGGGAAAGAGGGCAUGGACACAGACGCACGCAAUCUGUCGGAGCCGGUAUGGGACCUGAGGUUAAGGAUAGGAGGAAAGCGGUGUACUCGAGCAACGACUGGGCUAAAGAUGUCCGCUGGCUACAGCCUGAAGGUCCAUCGAACGGUACCGUAAACCUGGCUGCUGCCUCGGGGACGCGCUCCACUGGCACUGUACCCCCGUCGAAAGGUAAAGGCAAAGUCAAAGACUCGAGCUAUUCAUAUUACCCGUGGGAUCAGGAGGAGCGACAGCGGAUGAGCGCGGUCAUGGAAGAAGACGAGGAUGAUCUGUCUUCCGUGGGCAAUCGCAACUCCAACUACUCGAGUCGUUCUCGCCGCCGGCUGCGAGUUCAGAGUACCCCGUCGACAUCCCAGCUGCGUCCACCUCACUCCCACACGAGUCAUGGCAGCCACUCCAAUUCUAGCGCCUCCGGUGGAGCCGAUAUACCCCGUUCUCAGAGUCAUGGUCGCCGCUCUCCUUCACUGGCUAGCGGAUCAGGCUCGGGGCACGGUCAUGCUCGCGCAUAUUCCCAAAGCUAUACCACGCGAAAUCUUCCUACGCCUAUGCCUGCCAGCUCCUCGAGUACUGCGACGCACACCUACACUGGUCUCGUCCUGCCACGCGCCGGUCAGAGCCUCGCCCCGGAGAAGACACUCCUGGGGAUCAGGAAGAAAAACAAGGAAUAUGGCGGCGGCGGCGGCAAAGUCGAUCUGACGCAGAGCGGAAUGGCAACUACUACGAUGGCGACUGUCGAAGUAGUCAAGGGCGUUGCAGGUACAUUGUCCAAGAAGAGGAACAUAUUCAAAAGGAAUACUAGCAAGGACGAGGGCGCCUUUGCGCACAGGCACGUUUCGGAGUCCGAGACACCGCUCGCGCUCACUUCUCAUCUCUCCCCACCGUCGUACGUACCGGCUAAUUCUGUCCUCGUGCAGGUUUGGGCAGCAGGAUUAGAUGUGGUAGACGAGAGGCUCGUUAGAGAGGUCGUGUCUGAUAUCGCCGGUGGGAAGGCAGGAAAGGCCGUUGGCUACGUGCCUGGCAGGAGUCUGGUGGGACGCGCAGUCGAGGUUGGCAGCAGUGUGAGGGAGGAAGUGUGCAGGCGGAACGAAUGGGUGGUUGGGAUGUUGGACGUCAGAAAAUGCGGCGCUCUGUCCGAAUUCGUGCUCCUUGAGCGGCAUCGAAUACACCGCGUUCCCCCUCCUCCGCCUCCUGGGACUGAUGGCAAUGCCAUCCUGUCCCGGUCAUCGUCGUACAGGUCCCAGCACUCCCGUUCGGAUUCUCAAUCUCCAGGCGGUUCUCGGUCGUCCCACGCUCGUUCCCAGUCGUUAUCCUCCUCCCGGACGCUUACGAACAGUCGCAUGCCGGCGCCCACUAUGUUGUCGCUGGAGGAGCUAGCCUUGCUGCCGGCCGUCGGCGUUCCUGCGUACCGUGUUUUGCGGACAUUCGAGCGCGUGAUCGAGCUGAGACGCGUUAUCGGGAGCGAAGGAAACCUUGCGCGGAAGAGGGCAUUCAUUAUCAGAGGCCACGACGGCGUGGGGGCAAUGGUCACGCAAAUGCUGAGCAAACGGGGCGUCGAUGUGACGGUCUUCGUGCCGGGCGGUGUCAUUGACCUGGGCCUCCGCGACGGCGGUGAGGGUGAGGUGGACUUGAAUGAAGAUGUGGAGGAACGGAUGAGGAUCGUGGAGAAACGGAUACGCGCUUGGGGUUCCUCUGACAUCGUCUGGGGAUCCGCUACUAGGGGAGAUGGGAGAGACCGUGAGGAGAUCCUGGAGGCCAUCCAACGUCUCUCCGAAGAUGGGGAGGAGUUCGACAUGGUUCUUGACACCAUCGGUGGGAGAGACGUCUGGGUCGCGUGUAAGAAUAUCAUGGGCGGAGGCUCGGGACUCGCCGCUGCGCAGUUCACUACCACUGUCGGCGAUCUUCUUGAGCGGGUCGUGCCAACCGCUCAGGAUCACUUCUGGGCGGGUCUACGGAGCAUGGGCCUCAGUCGUGGAGGCAGCGUGAAAAAGGUUCCAGCUGGGGAGAAGGUUGCAGCUGCUUUGGUGAACGGUAGCCCCAGCAUCAAGGGCAGCGUCAAGAGUAAGGGCAAGGACAGCCUCAGGGAGAAGGGGAAGGAGAAGAAAGAGGUUGGGUAUGCGUGGGUCAGCGUCUCGGCGGACGUCGACAUGGAGGGGGAGGACAUCUCAGAUACCCUAAACGCGGUCCUCCGGAUGGUGAAGGACUUGGGCAUCCGGCCCUGGGCAGGCCCGACCGAUGUCGACACAUACGAGGAGACGAACAACGAAGACAAGAAGGUACUGCCCUUCGAAAAUGCGCCAGAUCUAUUCAGUAGCAGGAGUUUACUGCGUGAUGGUGGGACGGCAGUGGUCAAAAUUGCUGCUUAA